GAAUAUCCCAUAUCACAUAAAUGGGGGAAGAGAUCCGAAACUUCGACCUACGUCAAAGAUCAAAAAUAUAUCUACUGGGUGGAGUGGGACAGCGCAGUCGAUGUUGCAAUGGAUCUAAAGAAGCCGAUUUUUCUCCUGAUUCACAAAACAUGGUGUGGGGCAUGCAAAGCCUUGAAACAGGAGUUCAAUUCAUCACCGAAAAUGUCUGACCUUAUUGCACUGUCGAAAAAAUUCGUCAUGGUUAACGUGCAAGAUGAUGACGAACCUGAAGAUGAAAAAUAUGCCCCAGAUGGUGGAUACAUCCCACGAAUCCUGUUCCUUGACAGCGAUGGCGAGCCCCUAAGAACUAAUAAUGAGGCGAGAUACAAGAAUAACAAAUAUUUCUAUCCCCUUAUACCACAAGUGGUCGAUGGGAUGGAAAGAGCCUUGAUGGAGUUUGAAGAAAUCACUAAAGGAAAUGAAGAUGAAGAAAAUGAAGAUGAAGGAAAACAGACGUUCAAACAAGAAGUUAAUGAAGAGGAUAUUCAUUUGAAGAAGGAAAAUGUGGACGAAAAACGUGAAAGGGAAACGCAAGUGAAAGGCAAGAAAGAAAGUGGAAAAGGAAUGGAGAAAGAUGAGAACAUAGCGGGCAAUGCAAGGAAGAAGGACGGUGACAAUGAGAAGGAAGACAGAGAAAAGGAAAUGAAGGAAGACACAAAAGGAGAGAAGAAACAAAGAGAGAAGGACUAUAAGGUAAGUGUUUCCAUUCACCUGUAA